AAGAAGUUUGUCCCUUGUUGUGCGCCGUACAUUUCUAUAACUGGAAGCUUUUGCUAGCGUUGCCCUAAGACAAACCUUUGAUCAUAUGUGUUCAUUAAUCUUCAAUAUAUUGAGCCUCUUAGUUGCAGCUGAGGAGCUACAUUGUUGAUCAUCUUGUUGCCAAAAUGGUUAAUGUCCACAAAGGAGUUCUUGUUGAAUGUGAUCCCGCCAUGAAACAGUUCCUCCUCUACCUCGACGAAACGAUGGCUUUGGGAAAGAAGUUCAUCCUAAAAGAUCUGGAUGACACGCAUCUUUUUAUCCUGGCAGAGGUGGUCCAAACCCUCCAGGAGAGAGUUGGAGAGUUAAUGGACCAGAAUUCAUUUCCCAUCACACAAAAAUAACCCUUUUUGUUUUCUUUUCAAGAACUCCUGCUAUUUUUUUCAUUUAGAUUGCAGAUUCUUUCUUGGAUUUUUUAUAAAUAAACUCAUUUACGCUGUA